AGUAGUCUAAAACCAGGUUUGGCUUUCACUGCAACUUUUUCUGAAAAUGGAGUACGAUUUGGGGUGGGUGGUUUUCACAGCAUUGUUGGGUGGUAUUGUUGGGAUAUAUGGUUUCCUAAAGAAAGCAAAUGAGUGGUUUUAUGUUAGCAGUUUGGGUGAAAAGCAGAAGACACUCCCUCCAGGUGACAUGGGUUGGCCUUUCAUUGGUAAUAUCUUGUCUUUCCUCAGAGCUUUUAAGAAUGGUGAUCCUGAUUCUUUCAUCGCCAGUUUUGCCACCAGAUUCGGGCAGGCUCGGGUAUACAGAGCCUUCAUGUUUGGAAACCCUACAAUCAUAGUUACGACGCCUGAGACGUGCCGGAAAGUACUGAUGGAUGAUGAACACUUUGGCCCUGGUUGGCCUAAAUCAGUCACAGCACUAUUUGGAAAGAAAGCACUUCAUGGAGUCUCCAUUCAAGAACACAAGCGUCUUCUUCGCCUAACAGCUGCUCCGAUCAAAGGCCAUGAAGCAUUAUCAGUGUACCUUGAUUAUAUCAAACACAUUGCGAAAACUUCAUUCGAUGAAUGGGCUAGUAUGGAGCAGCCAAUCGAGUUCAUAACAGAGAUGAGGAAGAUUACUUUCAAGGUGAUAAUGACCAUUUUUAUGAGCAGUGAAGUUGAUCCUAGAUCAAUGAAGGCCAUGGAAAAGGAGUAUACUCAGCUAUGCCAUGGACAUAAGGCCAUGACCAUUAAUCUCCCUGGGUUUGCUUACCACAGGGCAAUCAAGGCACGGAAAAAUUUGAUAAAAUUAUUUCAAGCUGUUGUGGAUGAACGAAGGACGAUGAUAAAGAGUAAUCAAUCAAAGGCAAAGAAAGAUAUGUUGGAUUUAAUGAUCGAAACUGAAGAUGAUGAUGGUAGGAAACUGAGUGAUGAGGAGAUCAUAGACUUGAUAAUUGCGUACUUGUUCGCUGGUCACGAGUCUUCUGCUCAUGCUGCGACAUGGACAAUUAUCUUCCUACAGAAGCAUCCACAAUUCUUCAAAACUGCCAAGGAAGAGCAGGAGGAGAUCAUAAGAAGAAGACCACCCACAGAAACUGGGCUUAGCCUUAAGGAAAUUAGACAAAUGGAAUACCUCUCUAAAGUGAUUGAUGAAACACUCCGCUUGGCUAACCUCUCUUUCGUACUUUUUCGGGAGGCAAGGACCGAUGUUAGCAUCAAUGGUUACAACAUACCUAAGGGAUGGAAGGUUUUGGCUUGGAUUCGACAUAUCCAUAUGAAUCCUGAAAUUUACCCAAACCCGAGAGAAUUUAAUCCGUCGAGAUGGGAUGAUCGUAGGACCAAACCAGGAGGAUACAUUCCCUUUGGAGCAGGAAGUAGGUUAUGCCCUGGAGCAGAUUUGGCUAAGCUUGAAGUUUCGGUGUUUCUUCAUUAUUUUCUCCUUGACUACAAGCUUGAGCUACUCAAUCCAGGGUGUGGGGUAACAUACUUACCAAUACCAAGACCAUCAGAUAAUUGUUUGGCAAGAAUCACGAAGAUCUCGAAAUCAACGGCAUAAAAUACACAACGUAUUACUUUUCGAAAAGAAAAGGAUAGUGUAAAAUUAAUGUAUUGCAACUUAUCAAUGCUUACCCCCCUACC